CCAGCCCACACGAGAUGACCGUCGUACCAUCCGGUGCUUCUUCUCCACUCACCAGCCGGACCCUCGCGCGAACGACACCCAGCCUGAUUCCCGGGAGGCCGGCGACGUUCUUCUAAAGAUAUCGCCUCGUCACGGCUAUGUUAACCCAUCAGCUAGUCGAUUAGACUUGAUUCCCUACGCAGCUUUCUCUCUCCGUUUGACCGAGGAUGAGCACCACCGGGGCGGCCACGGGAUCGGCUUCUUGCCGCUUCGCCCACUACUUCGUCGUGUGUGGACUGGACCCGGAGACGGGCCUGGAGCCGGACGACGGAACAGGUGAAAGCUUUGAACAGAGCCCCAUUCACCGCUCCUUCAAGUCCAGAGUUCUCGUCCACUACCCCGAAAGCACGGACAGGAACCCCUUCAAUAAAGAUGCAGUUAACAUGCUCUGCAUGCCUCGGGGUCUUUCCUUCCGCACUCAAGCCGACCGCCUGGAGUCUCACUUCCACUCCUUCACGGUGGGUUCGGAAGAAGGCUCGCGUUCCUACGGGUUCGUCCACACCUUCUACGAGGAGGUGACUGGCUCGCAGAUCAUCACGGCCAUGCAGACGCUCCACCAAAUGCACCACGUGGAGCACCACUCGGCUUCGUCCUCGUCGGCUUCUUCGUCGGCUUCCUCGCCGUCCACGUCCAGCAUGGACUCGCUGGUGAGCAGCUUGGACGAAUCCGACGGCGAUUCCUUAGCCGCCGGGAACGCCGCCGCCUGCCUGGGCUGUGCCGGCGGAUUCGACUCGACUCACGACACGCUGUACGUGUCCAAAGCGCUCUGUUUGCUGACGCCGCUUCCUUUCCUGGGAGCUUCUCGACACUUCCUGUCUCAGUUGCACCGAGCCGUGGCGUCGCAAACGGCGCCGCCUCUGCCGUUGGAAAGUUAUAUUCAUAACAUUCUUUACGAGGUGCCGCUGCCUCCGCCCGGACGCUCGCUGAGGUUUCACGGCGUGCAAGGGCCCAUCUUGUGCCAGCGGCCCGGCCCGGGUGAGCUCCCGCUGGGAGAGUAUCCAUUGGGGGAAGCCUUCUCCUUGCUGGGUGUGGAAAACAUGGUGCAACUACUUACCUGCUCACUGCUGGAAACGCAGAUCCUGCUCUACUCUCAAGACUACCAGCGCUUGAUGACAGUCGCCGAGGGCAUCACCACCCUGCUCUUCCCAUUCCAGUGGCAGCAUAUCUACCUGCCUAUCAUCUCCACACCUUUGCACCACCUCCUGGACGCUCCCGUGCCCUUCCUGAUGGGCAUCCAGCGCAGGGACGGCGUACAGCGAGCCUCCCUCCACUUGCCGCACGAGGCCAACCUUUGCUUUGUGGACAUUGAUAGCCACCGCGUGGACGCCCCCGAAGGUCUCCCGACCUUUCCAGACCAAGCCGAGCUAGUCCGGGAACUAAGUGAGAUCCUACAGCAAGGAGGCGCCCUCACCAGAGCCACCUCGGCCUCCUCUCAGAUGGGCAGUUUAGUCCUGGAGGAUCUCAUGGAGGACAGAAGGAACGGGAACCUUGGAGGCGAUGAACUGGAGGUCCUGGAGAGGUUGCAGGCUCUGGCUUGGAGGUGCAGCGGAGACCAGACUUCCAGCGAAGGGAAGACGCUGGGUUGUGUGUGGAAGGAGGAAGAAGAGGCUCUCGGUGUUGCUAAGACGAACAUUCGGCUGAGGGAGGUGUUUGCCGGACGUUUCGCCGCCAUCUUCGGGCGCUACGAGGAAUUUGUCAUCCACAGCGCGCACGAUUUGGAUUCCUGGAUGAGCAACAGAGAGGGAACGCUCAGCUUUGACAAGGGUGCCUUCCUGGCAGCUCAGCCCGAGACCCAUUUGCACUUCCUGUCCCGCUUCCUGGAGACGUCCAUGUUUUCCUCUUUCGCCGACGGCAAGGUGAUUUCACGCUGGGCCGAGCGCGAGCCGCUGCAGCAGCUCUUUGACAGUCGACUGGAAAGGGAGCGACUCUACGACACGGAACGAGCAGACUCUCCUGCCGGUCGCUACAGGAAAUGCGCCACGAUAUUUGAGUCAGCUCAGGCCAUUGAACGCAGGCUGCUGAAGGCCGACCACACCGCCAUCCACCCGCACCUCCUGGACAUGAAGAUCGGCCAAGGUCGCCACCAGCCGGGCUACUUCCCCAAACUGCAGGCUGAUGUUCUCGCGCACUCGCAGAGCACCAACAAGCGGUCCAGUCGUGUCACAGCAUCACGCAAAUGCGACACCAGGAGGACGUCAUCGGCAGCAGAUCUCACGGGACUGGACGCAGAACAAAGACAGAAACACUCACUAGCAAGGAAGCACUUAAACCAGCUGAAGUUUCUGGACCUGUCUCCUCAAGUCAUCGCUCAGAUCCACAGGGAUUUUGUUCAAGGGCUCCUGAGCGAGUGUCGAUUGAAGACUAAACGUAUGUUGAUGGAGCGAAUGGGAAAGGAGAGUGUAGAAGUGGGUCAGGGGGAAGCCAACAUCACAGGUCUGCAAGAAAACACACUAAUUCACGGUUUGUGCGACCUACUAGAAAGAACCUGGGGCCACGGGCUGCAAAUGAAACAGGGAAAGUCAGCUCUUUGGUCCCACCUGCUUCAUUACCACGCCGCCCUGGAGAAGAAAGAGGUGCCGGCUGAGUCUCCAGUGACAGAGCAAAGAGCAUGUGAUGAUGGUGCUGUUCUCCCAAGAGGAUCCUUGCUGCAUGAUAUGAGGUUUAUCCAGACGAUGAGUGACGGCCUGUCCGAAGUGGGUCAAGCCCGGGCUUGGAUCAGCUUGGCCUUGGAGAAAAAGAUGCUCUCGCAGCACCUGAAAGAGUUACUUACAAACCAGGAAUUGCUGAAACAGUUAUACAAACCUCAUGCUUUCCUUCUCUGCGAGGAAGAAAGAGAGCAGUUUCUUUUCCACCUUCUUUCGCUCAACACGGUGGACUACCUCUGCUUCACUCACGCCUUCGCUUCUAUCAACAUUCCUUAUCGAGUGGCCAUCAUUCCCAUGAAGAAGCUGAGCAUCGCCAUGGCGACCGUCAACCCGUGGGUAUGCGUGUCUGGAGAAAUGGGAGAUUCAGGAGUGAGGCAGAUUCCUAAGAAUACGCAGGAGAUUUUUUUCCAGUGUAAGAACCUGGGCCGACUAAGCACGUUACAACUGGGACAGGAGAACUCGGGACUUUUGGCCAAGUGUCUCAUCGACUGCGUCAUGGUCUACAAUGAGAUCACAGGCCACACGUAUAAAUUCCCGUGCGGCCGCUGGUUGGGGAAAGGCGUGGGGGACGGCAGCCUUGAGCGAGUCCUCAUCGGUCAAUUAGUGUCGCCUGGUGGAGAGGAAGAUUCCGGAAGGUGGACGGGAACGCCGCCGGAGCUCACCUCGCCUUCUCAGGGCGUUCGCGCCGUUCUGGGCUCACUUGCACACCGGACGAGAGUGCUGUCCGUUGAAGUGCACGAAGACAUGAGAGAAGCGGCUAAUAACCUCGUCAAGCACUUUCACAAACCUGAGCAAGAGAGAGGCAACCUGACCGUGUUACUAUGUGGCGAGGGAGGUCUGGUUCCGUCUCUGGAAAAGUUCCUCCUCCACGGCUUCAAAUUCAGCCGUCUUUUCCAGAGAAAUGUCUUUGUGUGGGACUUUGUGGAGAAAGCGGUGGUUUCCAUGGAAACGGCCGACCAGCCGGGCUACCCGCCGGGUUCUAUGCUGAUAAAAGAGCCACCCUGCGAAUUGCUCUGCCACUACGUCAACUCCAUUAGCGCCUCGCCGCGAAACAUUGGGAAAGAGGGAAAAUUCCAGCUUUUGGUUUGCUUGGGAGUCAGGGACCGCCUUCUCUCCCAGUGGCUCCCCCUUCUGGCCGAGUGUCCACUGACGUCAAGGACCUACGAGGACGGCGCCCUGAUGCGCGAUCGCGCCGCCGUCGGCUCGCUCUCACGCAUCUUGCACACGCUCAACGAAUUCGCCGUCACGCUGGAGUCGUCUCUGGUCAAAGGCGUGGCCCUCUGACGCACCCACGUUGGCUUCUGAACUCCUCGUUUGCUGUAAAAAAAAAUACAAGCGCCCGUGGACGGGAAUGACGCCACGUGAGCUCCAAACCUUCUGCCUUGUAAAUGUCUUUACACACUGUAUCUGCUUCGGGAAGUAGCCGGAUCCUUGUUUGUGUGUUUACACUGUGGAAAAAAAAAAACUCUCAACAAAUCCUCGGCUAAAAACCGUUAACCCUGAAAGUAGUGCUGUACGAUAUGACGAGUAGUGUUUAAAAUAAGAGCAGUACAACAAGAUAAAUCCAGGUUUUCAAUAUAUUUGCUAUUGCUACAUGGGAAACAAGCUAGUGGUAGAAAAGACCCACCAUUCAUGAUCUACUGGACACAUGGAUUAAAGUUCUCCGUCGUAGUGACGGAAAUCUGUCGGCAGGGGGUGCUGAUGGGUGUAAAUGCACGACCGGAGCCUACGAAUAAUUUUACAAGCAUUCGUUGUUGUUAAAUCCAGUCUUGUCAUGUUUUUUGUAUACAUCGGUACCUCUACUUACCGGUGUUGUUUUCGUCAACUAUGACAAAAAUGAAAAUAUUUUGUCAACGAACACUUUUUUUCAUGACGACAAUGAGACUAUAACGAGCUAAAAACGUGUCUGGGGAGACUAAACAUAACGAGAUGAAUGCCAGUCUUCGUCUGACGAGAUGAAAAUGUGCAAUACUUUUUGUCACAUGUUCACAAUGUGUGACAUUUUACAGUCCCGUUCAAAAGUUUGGGGUCACUCAGAAAUUUCCUCCUUCUUGAAAGAAAAACUGUUUUUUUUUCAAUGGAAAUAACAUUAAACUAAUCAGAAAACCACUCUAUACAUUAUUAAUGUGGUAAAUUACUAUUCUAGCUCACUCCAGUGUUCUAAUGGUACAUUGUGCUUGCGAGUUGCCUUAGAAGGAUAAUAGAUGAAUAGAGAACCUUGUGCAAUUAUGUUGUCACAGCUCAAAAAGGUUUAGGUCAGGGGUGUCCAAACGUUUUGCAAAGGGGGCCAGAUUUGGUGUGGUAAAAAUGUGGGGGGCCGAACUUGGCUGACGUCCUUUUCGUGGAACAAUAUAUUUAAGCAAAUUUUAACAAUCCAUUCUGUGUGUCACAUUUGCUUUAAUUUUUUUUUAAAUGAAUAAUUUCAACAAUCUCGCAACUGGCCUUUGUGCUGUUCUCUUUCGACUCUCGAGCUCUUGCGAAAUUCUGCUGGUGUGAAAUUAAACUAGUUUCAAGUUGCUUCAAUUUCUCGCUGCUUAUCGUCCCUGAAAUCUUGUCGUACACGACAGCGUGUCUUGUUUGGUAAUAUCGCCUCAAAUUGAAGUCUUUAAAAACAGCAACUGUCUCUGCAAAUGAGGCAGACACAGUUGUUUCAUAUUUUAGUGAAGAAAUAGUCCAAUUUCCACCUAUCCAUGAAGCGUCGGUCAUCGCAGUCAACUUUUUUUUCUUGAUUGUCGCCAUUUUAGAAAAUUGGAAGUAGAGGGUCACACUGGGUAAUGUUGCUUACAGUGCUGCUGCCUUUUAGUGGGUAAAUGAGGAGCAGCAUUUAGUGUGUAAGCUACUUCAAAUGCCGGUAGCAGUACUGCUGACCAAUUUAUGAAGUCUGUGUGCGGGCCAGACGUUAUUGAUUUUAUGACAGAGGCUGGGGGCCGGAUGAAAUUUGACCACGGGCCACAUUUGGCCAUCAGGCCGGACUUUGGGCAUGUCUGGUUUAGGUAGUUAGAGAAGCUAUAAAACUGAUCUUCCUUUGAGCUAGUUGGGUAUCUGGACCUUUGUGGGUUUGAUUAAGCUCUCAAAAUGGCCACAAAAAGACAAUAUGUAUGCAUGCAUGGCAUCAUGAAUGCUUUGAAAUACCAGGACAUUUUAAAUCAAAAUCUGUUGCCCUCUGCCUGAAAGCUGAAGAUGGGUCGUCACUGGGUCUUUCAGCAAGACAGUGACCCUAAACAUAUGGCCAAAUCUACACAGAAAUGGUUCACCAGACACAAAAUCAAGCUCCUCCCAUGGCCAUCUCAGUCCCCAGACCUUGUUUUGUUGGCAAAAGGGCGUUGUACAAAGUAUUAACACCAGGGGUGCUAAUAAUUGUGACACACAUUAUUUGAUGUCAAAUAAUUUUUUCUUUAUGUGGGAUUUUUUCCCCACUGAAUGAAUGCACUUGUAUUGAAGGUUGGAUUUUUCUCUUUUUUUCCAUUAAGGUCCCAUAUUAUUUGAAUUUUUAAAAAAUUAUUAGAAGCUAAAAAACACAUCUUUUUCAGGGGUGCCAAUAAUUAUGGAGGGCACUGUGUAUCGUACAGCACUACCUGAUAGCGUUGGUUACCGCUUGCACUCUUGACUUUAAAAUGAAACGUGCAUGGCCAAAUCUGUUUGUUUUGUCUCUAGCGUAUUGUGAUCCCAACUAUCUCGGACUCUAGCCUUACUCGCUUAUUUCCACGCCGAAAGGGACUCGACGUUCCGCUGUGUUGUGGUACGUUUCCAUUCAUUUCUUACGAUAUCGACUCUGUUUACGUCACGUUUUUUGUGUUGGUGGGACUUCAAAUCUCCUUGUGCUUGUAAAUAAGUUGGCCUCAUCUAAUAUUCUCUCAGUGUUGUGACAUAUUUUCAAGUUUGUUUGUGUCAAACGUUUAGAUUCUGAUCCUGUGGAUGGUGGUCCUGCUGUUCGUCUUACAUGAAAGUGUUAAAUAGAGCGCACCGGCUCAUAAAAACCACAUAGUAUUAUACAGUGAACCCUCGACCUUGUUUAGUUUGAUAAUUGGAAUUACUUAAUGAAAGUUCACUGCUAUAACUCUAAGUGCCUGCCACUUAGAACCAAUUGAAAUGGAUCAAACAACUUGGAUUUUGGGGUAUUCUCAGGUCACUUCCAUAUAUGAUGAGCUGACACAAUCUUUUCCCAGUGUUUUCUCAUCUGUGGAAACUGGGUCGAAAUGGUUCUUUGAAUGUUAAAGGUUGCCGACCCAUGAUCUAUUAGAAAUUAGCAUGACGUUUCAAUAAUUACAAUACAAAACCAGAAGUAGUAAUUCUUCAUACCUGCCUCAAAAGUGAUAUCUUAACUGCUAAUGCUAACACUUUAGUCAAGCUAACUGAAUGAAAUUAGAUGUUACAGUACAAAACGGGCAGAGAAGUUCAUUUUUAGCUCGCACGUUGCUAUUUCUCAUUGAACUUUUAAAAUUUUGAAAUUUGGAUAGUUUACGUUAACAGGCAAUGAAAACUUGCUGAAAAUUCUCCGAUUAUGGCGGGGGUUCACUGUAUUUUGUUAAAUCUACCUGUUAAGAAACAUCUUUUUCCUGCACUGUCCCGCAAGCACUAUGUAACCAAACCUCUGUUGUCAUUUAAAUACAAAUUAGCGAGUGCAAUAAAUGGUUAUUUAUGAAAAUGUGGCAUUACACAUUAAAGUUACUAAUGAAACAAGCUGUUGGUGUUGUUUCUUUAAUCGUCAUUUGGCUCAGGUAGGUUACCUUGACUUUGAAGGAAUCUGACCUUCCAGCCAAACCGCCGGAAUCAUGCCAGCCGAAUCCUGGGACUCGCGCUGGCGCAGCUCCAACGACCCGGGCUGGCGGGGUCAAACUCCGCGUGUUCACCUUAGUCUUAACCCUUUGUACUGACUCCAUUUUGAAAGGUUUAAAGAAGGCUCACUGAAAACAAGUUGACAAUUUAUGCAGGUCGACAGCGAUCAAAACGGCAAGGUGAAACAGAAACGAUCAGGCGGGGAGGCAAGCUCGUUCCAAGGUCACCAUAUCAGAAGUCAACUAAAGCUUCCCAAGAAAAAAAUGACAUCGCUCAGAUAAAAAUUCAGUCUUUUGACGGCUUAUCGCUGGGUGGGUCGUGGCCAGGAAGACGGGUAUGUUUGGGAUUAUUCUCUGUUUGUGGAUUGGACAGGAGGAUUUGGGAGUUACUGUUGUCCGGGCAAUGGGGGUUGUGGAUUUUGCCACAUCAGCGUCAAAGGGGCUCUUGGAGUUUUGUCAGUCGUGUUAUCAGUUGGAUUUAGGCGUUCUUCGGUUCUUGUUGUAUUGGGACAGAGCGUCACGCCAUUUGUUCUGGACUGUCCGGGAGAACUAAUGGUAUGAGCGUUAUUUAUUUUAUAUUGGGUGUGAUAGAGUAAUACAAACAGUCAAACAGUAAAUACGAGAAACGAUACUAUUCCCUGAUUAAUUAUAUUAAGUGUAUUAGAGUAAUGCAACCAUUUAGACUGUGCCUACGAGAAAAGGUACUAUCUCCUACAAGUUGAAUUUGUCACGGGGCGUGGCCUACUGAAGCCCAGGAUAACGCUGCAGUCCCGUCAGCAAUUUUUGAUGCGGUCUGAAUCCAUAUCUGCAAGCGCACCAGGAUGAAAGAUCAUCAAUAAAUGCAUUUGAAUUGAUUCGUCAUGCAUAUUUCAGUGUUUUUGUAAGUAAUAUAUUGAUUUGAAUUUUAGGUCUAGAAAAUUAUUAUCUAAUUUU